UGGUUUCGGGCACAUGGCAACGCAACAAGGGCAACACUCGAAAUCAAUAAAGCUUAUCCCAGACGUUGUGACAUCUCGAACCUGUCAACGAUGGUUCAAGCGAUUCAGAGAAGGUGAUUUCAGUCUUGAAGAUAAACCGAGAUCUGGAAGACCUCAAGAGGUUAGUAAUGACGAAUUAUUGAAAGUUGUGGAAGAAAAUCCACGAGUAACUACUGAAGAAUUGGCGAUAAUGUUUGAUUGUUCGAAUUCGACAAUAUUCGAACAUCUUAAGUCGUUGGGCAAAAAAUGCAAAGCUGGUCGGUGGGUCCCACACACUUUGACGGCAAACAAUCGUACCCAGCGCUUGUCGAUCUGCACUUCUUUGCUGCUUAAACAAAGAAGGGAACCGUUUUUUGAUCGUUUGGUAACUGGUGAUGAAAAAUGGGUUCUUUAUGAUAACGUUACCAUGCGUAAGCAAUGGCUUAGUCCAGGGCAAUCACCGGCUCCAACAGCCAGGAGAGAACUUCAUCCAAGGAAAGUAUUGCUCUCGGUUUGGUGGGAUAUUCGAGGUGUGAUACACCAUGAACUUCUUGAGCCUGGUCGAACGAUCACUGCCGAGGUUUAUUGUGAACAGUUGGACCGGCUGAAAUCGGCAAUCGAGCAGAAAAGACCAGCACUUGCUAAUCGUAGAGGCAUCUUAUUUCAUCACGAUAACGCCCGUCCUCAUACUGCAAGAAUCACUCUGAACAAAUUGUCAGAGUUUGGAUGGGAAUUGCUACCUCAGCCGCCGUAUAGUCCAGAUAUUGCACCAUCGGACUAUCAUUUGUUCAGGUCAAUGGCACAUUACCUGAGUGGCAAAAAAUUUGCCAACACCCAACAGGUGGACGAGUUCCUGCGUCUGUUUUUCGAAGGAAAAGGUGAAGAAUUUUACAGACGAGGAAUCGAAAAACUCUCGGAGCGAUGGGAGAAGGUUGUGGACAACCAGGGAGAUUAUUUCGAAGAUUGA